AUACUAGCAUCGAGAAAGCCCUCGUUCGUGACCUUGAGAAUAGGACAACUGGGCAGUACAUUCGCUCCAUACAACGGGUCGGGUCGACCCGUCGAAAUCCAGCCGUUCGUUCCACUUUGCACCGACUCAUCACCACCACCUAUCCUCUCUUGCAGUUUCGUUCGAUUCUACAACCGUCCUUCAAAUUCCGGCCACCGGAGCAUUCUACAACGUCUCCUUACUCCUGUUCCUGUUCCCGUUCGAUCUCCUUUCCACAAUUUCAAUCAUCCUCUCCAUUCCUAGCAUUUCUAUGACACCAUGACCUUUUCAGACGACGAAGACGAAAAUCUAGCUCAAUUUCUGGAAUCAGAAGUCCUCUCUGAGGUCUCUGACAAGGAAGAGGAAAAUGUGGAGGAACCUAAAGCAAAGAGAAAACGCAUCGAUGAGGCUGAGAGUAAUAAGCAGGGUACCAAACAGAGCUCUGGCUCAUCAUCUGAGACUAAGAAUCUUGGGGUCAAUAAUGUCGUUGUGCCGAGAAGGAUUGAGACUGGAUUUUUCAGCAAAGUGCCACCAGAACUUUUUCAUCAUAUCCUUAAAUUUUUGUCGUCUGAGGACCUUAUUUCUUGUAACUUGGUCUGUAGGUUUCUAAGUUAUGUGGCAUCUGAUGAAGCAUUGUGGCGUCGCCUGUAUUGUAUGCGAUGGGGUCUUCUUCCCCCAACGAGGAAGAUAAGGGACUGCCCUUGGAAAAAGCUAUACAUUCAGCGUGAUGAAGAGGACAUGAUUGAACUUGUCAGAAGCUGUCAAAAUGAGUUUAAGGAGUACUAUAUACAAAUGCAAGCAGCUAAGAGAAGUCAAGCACCUCAUCCUUCACAGUUGAAGGAUGAUAGGAUAAUUCUUGACAAAUCAUUAUCUGAUCAAGUCUCUUCAUGGAAAAGCAGCAGGGGACUCAGUGAUGCAGUUGUGACUGACCAUGCUUGUUCUGGGGAGACAUGCUCAUACUACCAAAUUGGAGAUGUAUUUCUUUGUGAGAAGACUGGACACGUUCAUGUUUGUGAUGAAACAUGUAAAGAAGUAGUUAUGGAUCCCACCAACGAGCUUUUGGUCUGUACAAUAUCGGGGCACUGUUUUGAUAGGUUACUGUCGCCAUCUGAAAUGGAGCCAGAUGCUGAGCAGCAGCAAGCUGCUGCAACGGAUGAGGCAGAACCAUUUAUGGGAUCUGGCCGUUUUGCACGAGCUUAUUUGCUGGGAUACAAUUGUGCUGAUGAAAAGGAGCUUGAGGCUACUUUGAGGUUCUGCUGAUUCCCAUUUAGCUCUUCUGGAGUGAAUGGUUUCAUCAUUUACCAAUUUAACAUCAAAUAUAUCAGCUUUCCUUUUAAGUUUCUCUUGGCAUAAGGAUACCUGUUUUAGUCUUUAGAUUACAAUAAAACUGCACUUUUGUCUAAAUGUUUUAUAUGUUAAUAGUUGUAUGCUUUGGUUUAUAGCUGAAUCCUCUAGAAUUUUUAUUUUUAACGUUGAUGCAAUUGUUGUUCUUUA